AUGACCAGAAGCAAUCGUACCACAGUGACAGAAUUUGUCCUCAUGGGAUUCACAGAGUAUCCUGAGCUUCAACUGCCCCUCUUUUUGGUGUUCCUGGUAAUGUAUCUCAUCACCCUGGUGGGAAACCUCGGUAUGAUCCUGCUCAUCAAGGCCAAUUCACGGCUGCACACCCCCAUGUAUUAUUUCCUCAGUCACCUGGCAUUCAUUGAUCUUUGUUACUCAUCUUCCAUCGGGCCUAAGAUGCUGCAUAAUUUAUUGGUGAAGAAAAAAACCAUCUCUUUUGCAGGCUGUUUCACUCAGCUGUAUUUCUCCAGUGCUUUUGCCACUACUGAGUGCUUCCUCUUGGCUACGAUGGCCUAUGACCGCUACAUGGCUAUCUGCAACCCCCUGAUUUAUGCAGCCAUCAUGACACAGAGGGUCUGCAAAGAGUUGGUGGUCGGGGUCUACACCUACGGCUUCCUCAAUUCUGUGAUACAAACCGUUCUGACUUUCCAACUGUCUUUCUGUGACUCCAAUGUCAUCCACCACUUCUACUGUGCUGACCCACCUCUCCUCGCCCUCUCCUGCUCUGAUACCCACAACAAAGAGAAACAGCUUCUGAUUUUCUCGGCCGUGAAUCUCACUGGGUCCCUCCUGACAGUCCUCUUCUCCUAUAUCUGCAUCCUCUUUUCUAUUAUAAAAAUUCAGUCUUCCGAGGGCAAGUGUAAGGCCUUUUCCACCUGUGCCUCCCACCUCACUGUGGUCAUCAUCUUCUAUGGAACACUGUUUUUCAUGUACCUGCAGCAACCCAAAACAGGGCAUUCACGGAAAUACAACAAAGUGGCCUCUGUCUUUUAUAGUCUUGUAAUUCCCAUGCUUAACCCUCUGAUCUAUAGCCUGAGGAACACGGAGGUAAAGGACACUCUGAAAAAAAUAUUAGAGGGCAAAGAAUCCUAA